AUGCCAGUCACCUCUCCGUUCUUGGUCAGUGCCCCUGGGAAGGUUAUUCUUUUCGGUGAGCAUUCUGCCGUGUACUGCAAACCAGCCAUUGCCGCCGCUCUUUCCUUGAGAACCUACCUCUUGGUAACGCCCUCGCAAGAUCCCGACGUUGUGGCUCUCGAGUUUCCGGAUAUCAAAUUCUCCCACAAGUGGAACAGAAACGAUCUUCCAUGGAACGUUCUCAACAAUGUGGUGGGCGAAAAGCCCGUCUUGACCGAAGAGCUUGUCCCUGAGCUUGUGUCCGCGUUGGCAAACAAUCUCGACUCGAUCGCCAGCAGCUUGCACUACUCUGCUGCCUACACAUUCUUGUACCUUUACAUGAGCUUGUGCCACAAGAACACCCAGGGUGUAACCAUCUCGGUCAGAUCCACCUUGCCGAUUGGUGCUGGCUUGGGUUCGUCGGCGUCUAUCGCCGUGUGCAUUGCUACUGCCUUGGCUUUGCUUGGUGAGCACAUUUCUCCGGCGCUGGUGAGAAACGAGAAGUUGACGGUGGAGACCCAGGAAGCGGCCUUUAUCGAGAACUGGUCCUUCAUGGGCGAAAAGUGCAUCCACGGCACCCCGUCAGGUAUUGACAAUGCCGUCGCUACCCAUGGUGGCGCCGUCAUGUUUCAGAAGACCAACUCAUCACUCCCGUCGGUGAGAACCACUAUGAGAAACUUCCCUAGCUUGAAACUUAUUUUGACCAAUACCACUCAGCCGAGACGCACGGCUGACCUUGUCGCCGGUGUGAGCCGAUUGAACAAUGAAUUCCCAAAGACCACCACGGCGAUCUUGAAUGCCAUGGAGAGCUUGACCCAUGAGGCGUACAACCUCAUGAUUAAGCCCUUUGACAAGGAAGCCAAGGAUACCUUGAGAAAAUUGGUUUGUAUUAACCACGGCUUGCUUGUGGCCAUCGGGGUAUCUCACCCAAAAUUAGAGAAGGUCAAGAUGCUUGCAGACGAAAUGGCUAUUGGACAGACCAAGUUGACUGGUGCUGGUGGUGGCGGUUGUGCCAUUACCCUAUUGAACGACGAAGUGUCGGAGGAGAACAUCGAAAAGUUGACCCUGCUCUAUAAAGAGGAGGGCUUUGAGACCUACGAAACCACCUUGGGAGGUAAGGGUGUCGGGGUGUUGAUUCCAGAGGAAGACAGAGCAGAAUCUGAGAUUUUUUCUGUCAAGCAGUUCCUUGAGUUCUCCAGCCGCGACCAGAUCGAACAGACGGUUGGUGUCACCAACUUGCAUGGCUGGAGGUACUGGUGA